AGAAACAGAAACAGAAUCGGAAUCAUUGUCAAGACCCCCAGUCAACAGCAGUGCGACAGGAGAGUUGCAAAAUCACAAAUUAGCGAGAAAUCAAGCGAAAAAUCCACGAAAUUCGAGAGAGCUGCAGCGGUAAAUGCUAAGUGCGAAUUACUAAAUGCCAGCGCCCGAACCAGCGCCAAUCAAUCAAUUAGGCCCAGUGGGGGUGCUACCACAGCCCCACCAGCAACAAUACGGCCGGAGAGAGCAGCCGGGGACACAGUGACAGCGACAGAGAUAGCGACAUAGAGCGAGAGAGAGAGACAUAGAGAAAGUGCAAGAGAGAGAGCGUGGCGGCAGUGACAGCAGUUAAAAAUCAAUAUCCGUCUAAAGUUUAUUUCGGUUUCGGUUCGGACACCUUGGAAACUUGAAGUUUCCCUAGCCGAAAUUUCCAUCAAAAUCUAUACAACCCAAAAAUAAAAAAAAAAAACUCAACGCCAUUAACUUGCCAAUCGCGUCCGCUUCGUGCUACAAAUUUAAGAACUUUUUCGCGAAAGUAAUCGUGUGUCCAUUUUGUGCUAAGUCCGAACCAUAGAGUUAACGAAGUAAUCAACAGUUUACGAACAACUUGCUCCAUCCAUGCCGCGUGUGCUAGUUAAGCUGCAAACGCUGCAACCAGUCUAAUCCGCACAGCUAAUCCACGUCCAACCGAAAGAUCCGACGAUUGACGAAAAGGGUCGAACGGCAAACGCGAAGAAAGUUAAGAGAUAACAAACUGAAGAAUCGGGAGAUAAAACAUAAGAACAUUUAAGAACAAAACAAAAAUCGAAUUUUCAUGUUUAAAUCGCAAAACCAAAAUUAUCGAUAAAGAAAUUAAAGGAAAACCAAAGAGAGAAAAACCAAAUAUAAAGUAAAUUGCUACCAGUAAACGCUAGUCCAAAUCUUCACUAUAUGAAUAUAUGUAUACUAUAUAUAUUUAACUAAUAAUACUUCAAGAGAACACGCCAAUUGCCGCAACUUUACUCCAACCCGUAAAAAAGCAAAGAUUUCCAUUAAACAAACGCAAAAUACCAAAUACCUAACAACACAGCUUCGAAGUGUGCACAAUAACAAAGUAAAAAGUUAUUAACCAAAACCAAAGAAAGACACCCAAAUCAAAACCAAGACAAAUUAUUAUUAAACAAAACCGAAAACCGAAAGACAAUUAAGCAAAGUCGAAGAAAAACUGCGCCAAAGUCACGGCCAGCAAACACAAAGUACAACAAACAAACACAAACACAAACACAAACACAUACACAAGCAACAAGCAGCAAAAGCAACAGCAGUUGCGAAGUGAAGCGUUUCCACUGACCACGCCCACUCCCCGCGGCUGAGCAAUCCGCCCCUUGCAGCAAUUUUCCGAUUUGGCAGCGCAUCGUUUCCGAGAAAUCUUGCGUGCGCCGGGAAAACUGAAGCGCCAGUGUUAACAAGAGAACACCCAGAGUACACCCUCUUUUUUUUCGAGUGUGCGAACCAGUUUUUUUUUGUGUGUGACCCAAACCAAAGGCAAGAACAACAGCCACAACUGCACCAACUGUGAUGGGAGAUCAGCCAAAGGCAACGACAACCACCGGAGGAGCAGCUGGCCCAGUUCCUGAAGGCGACGCCGUGAUGGCCACCACCAACCAGGACGCACUGGCCAAGGGCGCAGGAGACGGUCCUGCCCAAAACGCUGCUCAGGAGCCAGGACAGGCGGAGCACGGUGAGCACGGUGAGCACGGUGAGCACGGUGAGCACGGUGAGCACGGUGAGCCCGGGGAUGCUGGCGAUGGCGGCGACGAUGGCGCCACCGAUGCCGGGGCCAGCUCGCUGCCCCCAUCCGAGAUUGGUGGGCGAGCGCCCCUGGACACGGCCUGCUCGGACGCCGACGGAGGAGCCCCCUCCAGCCUGGCCGGCGGAAUUGUGGGUCCGCCCAGCCCGCUCACCGGCUGCUACCUCCUAAUCGUCCUGGGCGAGCCGCACUCCGAGGAGCACAAGGACAAUAUCUUGCAGCAUCUGCUCAAGGGAUUCCUCUCCUGGGACGUUUCCGAUUGUCACGUCGAUUUGGAAGAGGAGCUCAAUACAAUUACGCAGAAUGCGCCCGAGGGCGAGGAGGCUCGUCACGGCGAGCGGCUCAUCCAGUAUGCCAGCGAGAAUCUGGUCACGGAGGUGCUCAUCCACCCGCAGUACAAUACGCUGAUCCAGUGCAUGCGAAACCUGCUUAGCAGUUUCACCCGCCACCGGCACAUCAUCCACGCCGGCUACACCUUCAGUGGCAAUGGUUCCUGGAUAUUGCAGGACGGAACCUUCUCGGUGGCGGACUUCUCUGAGGCCUUCCAGGAGCACGACGUACAAAGGGUGAUUCGGGCCUAUGCCGACACCAUCACCAUGAAUAUUCACUGCGCGGACGCGGGUCUAUGGCACACAUUGCCCGAGAAGGCCUUUGCCCGCCAGUGCCGGAUACGGAUCAAUCCCGUGGACGUCCUGGACACGAGCAGCGAGUGCAUCAACGGAUUCAUUGAUUACCUCGCGCCCAUGGUGAUGCCAACCUCGCUGAGGGAGCUGCUUGAGACCUCGGACGUGGUGGGCAACAUCCGCUUUACCCAUCCAACGUUAUAUGUCUUCCCCGGCGGACAGGGUGACGCGGCGCUUUUCGGGAUCAACGGCUUUAACAUGCUUGUUGACGGUGGCUUCAACCGGAAGGCGUGCUUCUGGGACUUCGCCCGGCACCUAGACCGACUGGACGCGGUUCUGAUGACCCGCCUGAACAACAGCAACGUGCAGGGUCUGGGUGCGGUCGUGUCGCGCAAGCGGGACGCUCACGUCUACCCCCAGAUCGGGCACUUUUUUGGCAAUGUACCUGACCGCAAGGGGCUGCCCAGCCCCGACGGCGAUAAGGACCGCGAUCCACUUCUGAUCGAUUUAUUCGAGCGUGGGCACGGUAUCGUUAGUGACCUGAAGGCACUGGAUCUAAAGCCACAGGGCUGCUACCGCAACCAGGAGCCGGUCAACCUCUAUCACAAGGUCGGCCACGGCACUCUGGAUAUGUAUGUGAUAAGUCCAGCGCGUGACUCAAAGGAAGUGAAGGAGUUUCUCCAGAAGUGGCAUGCCGGCGACCAGCGGCUCUUUGCCGCCCGGGAUUCGCGCGACUUUAACUUCCCACUGCAAAACUUGGUAUCUAUUUGUGCCCUGCUUGUUUGGCAGCCAGCCAACCCGGACGACACUAUCACUCGCAUUCUCUUCCCGGGUAGCACACCCGACUUUAAAAUCCAGGAGGGCCUCGAAAAGCUAAAGCAUCUGGAAUUCAUGAAGCACUCCACAUGCACAGCAAAGUCAAUUGCUCCAGCCAUCCAGACCGUGACCUCAACUCGCAAGAGCUUAAAAUCGGCCAUCGAAGCGACUCCAGCCCCGCCCAGCGCCAAUUACAAGACUACAAAGUUCAGUCCGGUGGCAAGUGCCGCUCUUGCCGUCCAGCAUCCGCAGCAGCAGGAUAACAAAGCAAAGGAAGCUGCGGCAGCGGCUGCUGCUGCUGCAGCUGCUUCUGCAGCUAUUAUUGCCCGAGCCAAAGCCGAUUCCAUGGACACGGAUGCUGAACCGGAACACGAGGCAGACCCCGAACCUGCUGACACUGGGGACGAGGCAGGUCCCACAGAGCCGGAGCCUGAGGCGGAGACUGAACCCGAACCCGAACAUGAACCCGAAGCGGAGCAGGACAAAGAUGUUGGUGAGGAGAAGAAAGUAGAAGUGUUAAUCAUGAAGCCCCAGCAGGCGACAGUACCUGCAGUAGUCGCAUCAUCUGGUAAGGAUGGAGUAGAUGCAGCUUCUGCCGAUGCUACGCCCACCGGCAAACUGAGCAAAGCGUCAGCCAAGGGCAAAGCGGAUAAGCCGCGGGCUGAGGUUAAGCCGGUGGUACGCUCCCGCAUCGACACCAAGCCCCCCAAGUCCAUGGACCGGAAACUAGCCAAACGGGAUGAGAAAAAAAGCUCGCCCACAGCUACGCCGGCCGCCAGGGCACCCGUUGCCCGAGAUGCCAAGCCUAAAGUUUUGAGCCGCCCAGCAACCAAGUCCAGUCCCAGUAGCACUCCUGCUAAGAGUGCCAAGGAGGCCAACAACCGGAAGGUGCUCGAGUCCAAGCAGCAGGCGGCUCGAGUGCAGGCCACCAGCACCGUCUCUAGGCGAGUUACAAGCACUGCCAGUGAAAGGCGAGUCCAACAGCAGACGGAAGCAAAGACAGCGGCUACUGCGGCCACCCAAGCGACCCAGAGGAAACCAAUCUCAAGGAGACCUCGUGGCGUUUCACCCUCGAAGCGGGCACCAGCACCCGGAAGUCCGGUGAAGCAGGCGAAGCCAAAGGCGGCAGACUUAAAAAAGGCACGUUUGGACAAGGGAGGCACCACCGACUCUAGUCUGGUGUCCACCCCCUCCGCAGAUGAAGCCACGGCUGCCAAGAAACUUCAAGACCUAACCGCUUCUCAGGAACUGGACGCAGAGAAGCAGCGUGAAUUGGACGACCUUAAGGAGGAGCAGGAGGUGGUACGGGAAAUAGAAGCGGUGUUUAGUCGUGAUGAAAUGAAACGACAGCAGCACCAACAGAUCAAGGCCGAGCUCCGAGAAAUGCCUGCCGAAGGAACCGGCGAUGGUGAAAAUGAGCCUGAUGAAGAGGAGGAGUACCUGAUCAUCGAAAAGGAGGAAGUGGAGCAGUAUACCGAAGACUCGAUCGUUGAACAGGAAAGCAGCAUGACCAAGGAAGAGGAGAUCCAGAAGCACCAGCGCGACUCGCAGGAAUCAGAGAAGAAGCGCAAGAAGAGCGCCGAAGAGGAGAUCGAGGCUGCCAUUGCCAAAGUAGAAGCCGCUGAGCGUAAAGCGCGACUAGAGGGUGCCUCUGCGAGGCAGGAUGAAUCGGAACUGGACGUUGAUCCGGAGCAGAGCAAGAUAAAAGCUGAGGUGCAGGAUAUCAUUGCCACUGCCAAGGAUAUUGCCAAGUCACGCACCGAGGACCAAUUGGCGAAGCCCGCCGAGGAGGAGCUCUCAUCGCCAACCCCCGAGGAGAAGCUAAGCAAAAAGACUUCGGAUACGAAGGACGAUCAAAUCGGAGCCCCAGUAGAUGUUCUACCAGUCAAUCUUCAAGAAAGCCUACCCGAAGAGAAGUUCUCGGCUACCAUUGAGUCGGGGGCCACCACUGCUCCUACACUACCCGAGGAUGAACGAAUUCCGCUGGAUCAGAUAAAAGAGGACCUCGUGAUCGAGGAGAAAUAUGUGAAGGAAGAGACCAAGGAAGCGGAGGCCAUCGUGGUGGCCACCGUACAGAUUCUUCCCGAAGCAGCUCCAUUGGCAAUCGAUACCAUCCUUGCCUCCGCCACCAAAGAUGCCCCCAAAGACGCCAACGCUGAGGUUUUAGGCGAGCUGCCCGACUCAGACGAACGGGUGCUGCCCAUGAAGAUGACAUUUGAGGCCCAGCAGAACCUUCUGCGCGAUGUCAUCAAAACGCCUGACGAAGUUGCAGAUUUACCCGUCCAUGAGGAAGCCGAUCUUGGGCUAUACGAGAAGGACAGUCAGGACGCCGGCGCCAAAAGUAUCUCUCAUAAAGAGGAGUCCGCGAAGGAAGAAAAAGAGACGGACGACGAAAAGGAGAAUAAGGUAGGAGAGAUCGAAUUGGAGGAUGAACCGAAUAAGGUGGACAUCUCUCACGUACUACUCAAAGAGUCAGUACAAGAAGUGGCCGAGAAAGUCGUGGUUGUUGAAACUACAGUGGAGAAAAAGCAGGAGGAGAAGCUGACCCUCGAAACCGAGAAGAUUGUGGAAGCCACUACAGUCACUAUCCAAGAAAAGCAGGCAGAUCUAAUGGGGCAGGUAAAGGAUAAAGAAGAGCAUGGACAAAAAGUAGAGUCUGGAAUUAUUACCGAAAAGGAAGCCAAAAAGUCGGCUAGCACUCCCGAGGAAAAGGAGACCAGCGACAUUACAUCCGAUGAUGAGCUUCCAGCCCAACUGGCGGAACCGACCACUGUGCCACCCAAAUCAGCUAGAGACCGCGGAGACACCGGCUCCAUUGACAGUCCCCCCACCAUUGAGGAGGCUAUUGAAGUAGAGGUGCAAGCCAAGCAAGAAGUCCAAAAACCUGUGCCAGCUCCGGAGGAGGCUACCAAGACGGAAAAGUCACCACUUGUCUCAAAGGAGACCUCCCGACCUGAAUCUGCGACAGGAAGCGUCAAGGAAGACACUGCGCAGCCGGAAUCCAAGAUAUCCCCAGUACCCUCCCGACCUGAAUCUGAGGCAAAGGAUAAGAAGUCUCCACUCGCUUCAGGAGAAGUUUCUCGACCGGAAUCUGUAGCGGAAAGCGUCAAAGAUGAAGCAGGAAAAGCAGAGAGUCGACGAGAAUCCAUUGUCAAAACUCAUAAGGAUGAAAGUUCUCUUGAUGAAGCAAACGAGCAUGAAAGGCGUCGCGAAUCUCUUGCGGAAAGCAUCAAGCCAGAAAGUGAAAAAGAUGAAAAGUCUGCCUUGGCAUCGAAAGAAGCCUCUAGACCAGGAUCUGUGGCAGAAAGCAUAAACGUCGAGGCAGAAAAGUCAAAGGAGCCGUCCCGCCGCGAAUCCAUCGCAGAAAGCUUAAAGGCGGAGAGUACGAAAGAUGAAAAAUCCGCUCCUCCCUCUAAAGAAGCUUCGCGGCCAGGAUCAGUUGUAGAAAGUGUUAAAGGUGAGACAGAAAAGUCGAAGGAACCAUCGCGACGGGAGUCAAAAGCUGAAAGUGCCAAGCCCGCUAUUGAAUCUAGGGAAGUCUCACGACCCGAAUCGGUAAUUGAUGGUAUCAAAGACGAAUCUGCGAAGCCCGAGAGUCGUCGUGAUUCCCCCCUUGCCUCAAAGGAGGCUUCCCGGCCAGGUUCUGUAUUGGAUAGCGUCAAAGAUGAACCAAUUAAAUCCACAGAAGAGAGUCGCCGUGAGUCGGUGGCGGAAAGCGUCAAAGCAGAUAGUACAAAGGACGAAAAGUCCCCACUUGCGUCCAAGGAUAUAUCGCGACCAGAAUCGUCUGUGGAAAAUGUGAUGGAUGCAGUAGGAACAUCUGCAGAGCGGUCGCAGCCAGAAUCCGUAACUGCCUCCAGGGAUGUCUCUAGACCGGAAUCAGUAGCGGAAAGUGAAAAGGAUGACACUGACAAACCUGAAUCUGUUGUGGAAAGCGUUAUUCCGGCUUCCGCUGUUGUUGAAAGCGAGAAAGAUGCGGCUGAUAAAAAAAAAGGUGUUUUCGUAUCAGUUGAAAGUAGAAAGCCAGAUAGCCCUUCUGAGGCCAUCUCCAGGCCAGGAUCCGAAGUAGAAAUCGUAAAGCCUGAGAGCCGGCGUGAUUCCUCUACUGAAAUCGUUCUUCCAAGCAAUACGAAGGACUCCAAGAAACCAUCCAGACCAGAAUCAAAAGUAGAAAGCCUUAAAGAUGAAUCUGAAGUAUUAAAGAGUCCUUCCCGACGAGCGUCUGUGGCAGAAAGCGACAAAUCUUCACAGCCAUUAAAGGAGGCUUCUAGGCCAGAAUCCGCUGUGGGUAGUUUGAAAGAUGAGGGUAUGUCAAACGAACCAUCUCGACGUGAGAGCGUAAAAGAUGGAGCUGCCCAAUCACGGGAGACUUCUCGUCCCGCGUCCGUUGCAGAAAGGGCCAAGGAUGGGGCUGAUGAUCUAAAGGAACUGUCUAGACUCGAAUCGACGACCCAAAUCAAUGAAGAGGGAAGUAUAAAAGAUGAAAAAUCACCUUUGGCCUCCAAGGAAGCUUCGAGACCAGCAUCCGUUGCAGAAAGUGUGAAGGAUGAAGCUGAGAAGUUCAAGGAAGAAUCAAGGCGAGAGUCGAUAGCUGAAAAAUCACCUUUGACCACCAAGGAAGCUUCCAGACCAGCAUCCGUUGCAGAAAGUGUAUUAGAUGAAGCAGAGAAGUCUAAGGAACCAUCACCUUUGGCCUCUAAGGAAGCUACCAGGCCCACUUCCGUUGCAGAAAGUGUAAAGGAUGGAGCUGAAAAGUCCAAGGAAGAAUCCAGGCGAGAGUCGGUGGCCGAAAUGUCACCUUUGGCCUCUAAGGAAGCAUCCAGACCAGCAUCCGUUGCAGAAAGUGUAAAGGAUGGAGCUGAAAAGUCCAAGGAAGAAUCAAGGCGAGAGUCGGUGGCCGAAAUGUCACCUUUCGCCUCUAAGGAAGUAUCCAGACCAGCAUCCGUUGCAGAAAGUGUAAAGGAUGGAGCUGAAAAGUCCAAGGAAGAAUCAAGUCGAGAGUCGGUGGCCGAAAUGUCACCUUUGGCCUCUAAGGAAGCUUCCAGACCAGCAUCCGUUGCAGAAAGUGUAAAGGAUGGAGCUGAAAAGUCCAAGGAAGAAUCAAGGCGAGAGUCGGUGGCCGAAAUGUCACCUUUGGCCUCUAAGGAAGCAUCCAGACCAGCAUCCGUUGCAGAAAGUGUAAAGGAUGGAGCUGAAAAGUCCAAGGAAGAAUCAAGGCGAGAGUCGGUGGCCGAAAUGUCACCUUUCGCCUCUAAGGAAGUAUCCAGACCAGCAUCCGUUGCAGAAAGUGUAAAGGAUGGAGCUGAAAAGUCCAAGGAAGAAUCAAGUCGAGAGUCGGUGGCCGAAAUGUCACCUUUGGCCUCUAAGGAAGCUUCCAGACCAGCAUCCGUUGCAGAAAGUGUAAAGGAUGGAGCUGAAAAGUCCAAGGAAGAAUCUAGGCGAGAGUCGAUAGCCGAAAAAUCCCCUUUGCCCUCCAAGGAAGCUUCCAGGCCAGCAUCCGUUGGAGACAGUGUAAAGGAUGAAGCUGAAAAGUCCAAGGAAGAAUCAAGGCGAGAGUCGGUGGCCGAAAAGUCACCUUUGGAAUCUAAGGAAGCUUCCAGACCAGUAUCCGUUGCAGAAAGUGUAAAGGAUGGAGCUGAAAAGUUCAAGGAAGAAUCCAGGCGAGAGUCGGCGGCCGAAAAGUCACCUUUGGAAUCUAAGGAAGCUUCCAGACCAGCAUCCGUUGCAGAAAGUAUAAAGGAUCAAGCUGACAAGUACAAGGAAGAUUCUAGGCGAGAGUCGAUAACCGAAAAAUCUCCUUUGCCCUCCAAGGAAGCUUCCAGACCAGCUUCCGUUGCAGAAAGUCUUAAGGGCGAAGCUGAAAAGUCUAAGGAAGAAUCACCUUUGGCCUCUAAAGAAGCUUCCAGACCAGCAUCCGUUGCAGAAAGUGUAAAGGAUCAAGCUGACAAGUACAAGGAAGAUUCUAGGCGAGAGUCGAUAGCCGAAAAAUCUCCUUUGCCCUCCAAGGAAGCUUCUAGACCAGCCUCCGUUGCAGAAAGUCUUAAGGGCGAAGCUGAAAAGUCUAAGGAAGAAUCACCUUUGGCCUCUAAGGAAGCUUCCAGACCAGCAUCCGUUGCAGAAAGUGUAAAGGAUGAAGCUGAGAAGUCCAAGGAAGAAUCUAGGCGAGAGUCGAUAGCCGAAAUAUCCCCUUUGACCUCCAAGGCAGCUUCCAGACCAGCUUCAGUUGCAGAAAGUUAUAUAGAUGAAGCUGAAAAGUCCAAGCACGAAUCUAGGCGGGAGUCGAUGUCCGAAAGCGGUAAGGCGGAGAGUAUCAAGGGUGAACAAUCUCCUCUAGCAUCAAAGGAUGUGUCAAGGCCCGAUUCUGUUGCGGAAAGCGUUAAGGACGAUGUUGUUAAGCUAGAAAGUCGGCGCGAAUCUGUUGCAGAGAUUGUUACACACAAAGAAGCUAAGGAAGAGAAAUCACCUUUGAAGGAAUUUUCACGACCAGAGUCUGUGGCGGAGAGUGUUAAAGACGAUCCUGUCAAAUCCAAGGAACCAUCCCGUCGAGAAUCUGUAGCAGGAAGUGUCACAGCGGAAGGUGCUCGACACGACACAUCUCCUUUUGCGUCAAAGGAAGCGUCAAGGCCAGAAUCAGUGGUUGAAAGCGUUAAGGACGAAGCUGAAAAGCAAGAAAGUCGUCGCGAAUCUAUAACAGAUAGUGUUGCACCUGAAAAAGCUAAGUAUGAUAAGUCUCCAAAGGAAAUUUUACAACCAUUGUCUAUGACGGAGACUAUUAGGGAAGACGCCGACCAACCCAAAAAGCCAUCACAAGGAGAAAGUCGAAGAGAAUCGAUUGCUGAAAGCAUAAAGGCCUCCAGUCCUAGGGACAAGGAGUCUCCAUUGGCUUUGGAAGAUGCCUCUAGGCCACGAUCUGUAGCUGAAAGUGUUAAGGACGAUCUUGAUAAACCUCAAUACAUUAAGGAGGACAAGUCCACAGAGCACUCUAGACUAGCGGAUAAGUCUGCUGUUCCAUCAGAAAAGUUUGUUUCUCGACCAGUAUCUGUGGCCAGUGACCAUGAAGCUGCCGAAGCUAUUGAGGAUGAUGCAAAGAGUUCCAUCUCUCCCAAAGAUAAAUCCCGUCCAGGUUCUGUUGCUGAAACUGUAUCAUCUCCAAUUGAGGAAACACCAAUAGAGUUCUCAAAGAUUGAAGUCGUAGAAAAGUCCAACCUAGCUCUUAGCCUACAAGCCGGCUCAGGAGGUAAACUGCAAACGGAUUCUAGUCCUGUUGACGUGGCCGAGGGAGACUUUUCGCAUGUGGUCGCUUCGGUUUCCACCGUCACGCCCACACUUACGAAACCUGCAGAACUCGCAAAGAUUGGUGCAGCUAUAACGGUCUCGUCUCCUGUAGACGAGGCUCUAAGAACUCCAUCUGCUACAGAGCAUAUAUCCCGAGCACAUUCACCCGCAGAAUAUGCGAGUGAAGAGAUUGCCAGUCAAGACAAAUCACCACAAGUUUCGAAGGAGUCCUCACGACCAGCGUCGGUUACAGAAAGCAAAGAUGACGCUGCGCAGCUAAAAAGUUCUGUGGAAGAUCUUAGAUCUCCAGUUGCCUCCACGGAAAUUUCUCGCCCAGCAUCAGUGGGAGAGACAGCAUCAUCGCCCAUUGAGGAAGCACCCAAAGACUUCGCGGAAUUUGAGCAGUCCGUGAAAGCAAUGCUGCCCUUGACUAUUGAACUAAAGGGUAGUCUCCCAACGUUGUCGAGCCCUGUAGAUGUGGCUCAUGGUGACUUCCCCCAGACUUCAACCCCCACAAGCUCCCCAACUGCAGCUCCAGUCCAACCAGCUGAACUCUCUAAAGUCGACAUUGAGAAGACAGCAUCAAGUCCGAUAGACGAGGCUCCGAAAUCAGUACUUGGAUCUCCGGCAGAAGAGCGUCCAGAAUCUCCUGCAGAAAGUGCCAAGGAUGUAGCUGAAUCGGUGGAAAAAUCCAAGGAUGCAUCACGUCCACCAUCUGUAGUUGAAAGCACUAAGGCGGAUAGCACGAAAGGCGAUAUAUCACCUUCUCCGGAAUCAGUGUUGGAAGGACCAAAGGACGAUGUUGAAAAAUCUAGGGAAUCAUCGCGUCCGCCAUCUGUUUCAGAAAGUAUUAUGGGGGAUUCCACUAAAGAUGUCUUCCGACCAGCCUCAGUAGUAGAAAGUGUUAAGGAUGAGCAUGAUAAGGCAGAGAGCCGUCGAGAGUCAGUUGCUAAAGUGGAAAGUGUUGUUGACGAAGCCGGCAAAUCUGAUUCCAAAAGCGCUAGUCAGGACAGUCAUAAAGAUGAAAAGUCAACCCUAGCAUCGAAAGAAGCCUCUCGAAGAGAAUCCCUUGUGGAAUGCUCAAAAGAUGACGCUGAAAAGUCUGAAAGCUGUCCAGAAUCGGUCAUCGACAGUGCAGAGCCAGUCCCCAGGGAAUCGAAAUCCACCCUGGACUCAAAGAAUAAGUCUCGUCCAGGCUCAGUGGUAGAAAGCGAUACAGCUGAAGCUGAGAAGUCUGAGCAGCAAUCCCGUCGGGAGUCUGUAGCGGAAAGCGUCACGGCACAUAGCAAAAAAGAUGGGAAAUCUCAAGAAGCAUCCCACCCAGCCUCUUUCGAUGAAAUUCUAAAAGACGAUGAGCAAAAACAGGAGAGCAGGCGGGAAUCCAAAGAAAUUUCAAGGCCGAAAUCGGUUGUAGAGGAUGAAAAGGAGAAACCCGAUAGUCGUCGUGAAUCCGUUACCGAAAGCGUUAAACUAGACAGCUCCAAUGAUAAAAAAUCUCCCGUCGGCUCCAAGGACGCCUCCAGGCCGGGAUCCGUUGCCGAUAGUGAUAAGGAUAAAGCUGACAAAUCCAAAGAGCCAUCCCGACCAGAAUCCGUCGCAGAAAGCAUAAAGCAUGACAGUACAAAGGAUGAAGAGUCUCCAAUAGUCUCCCGGCGAGAUUCCAUCGCAGAAAGCAUCAAGACAGAUAUCACAAAGGGCGAAAAGUCCCCUUUGCCGUCAAAAGAGGUCUCUCGACCUGAAUCCAUCGCAGGAAGCAUUAAAGAUGAAAAGGCUGAAAGCCGUCGUGAAUCUGUGAAAGAAAGCGUAAAGCCGGAAAGUGCAAAGGACGCAACAUCAGCUCCACCAUCAAAGGAACAUUCUCGACCGGAGUCCGUUUUGGGAAGCCUCAAGGAUGAAGGCGAUAAGACCACAAGUCGCCGCGAUUCGGUGGCUGACAGUAUAAAAGAUGAGAAGUCCCUUCUUGUAUCGCAAGAAGCUUCCCGGCCAGAAUCUAAGGCAGAAAGCUUAAAAGAUGCGGCUGCACCGUCGAUGGAGACCUCUCGUCCCUCAUCUGUUACAGAAAGCGUCAAGGAUGGAAAAUCCCCAGUCGCAUCCAAAGAAGCAUCCAAAGAAGCGUCCAGAGCAGCAUCCGUUGCAGAAAGUGUCAAGGAUUCGGCUGCUGAAUCAAGGGAACAAUCUAGACCAGAGUCGUUGUCCCAAAGCAAGGCUGGAAGUAUUAAAGAUGAAAAAUCACCUUUGGCCUCUAAGGAAGCAUCCAGACCAGCUUCCGUUGCAGAAAGUGUUAAAGAUGAAGCUGAGAAAUCUAAGGAAGAAUCAAGUCGAGAGUCGGAAGCCGAAAAAUCUCCUUUGGCCUCAAAGGAAGCUUCCAGACCAGCUUCCGUUGCAGAAAGUGUUAAGGACGAAGCUGAGAAGUCUAAGGAAGAAUCACUGUUGGCUUCUAAGGAAGCUUCCAGGCCUACUUCCGUUGCAGAAAGUGCUAAGGACGACGGUGAAAAAUCUAAGGAAGAAUCUAGGAGAGAAUCGGUGGCCGAAAAAUCUCCUUUGCCCUCCAAGGAAGUUUCCAGACCAGCUUCCGUUGCAGAAAGUGUUAAGGACGAAGCUGAGAAGUCUAAGGAAGAAUCACUGUUGGCUUCUAAGGAAGCUUCCAGGCCUACUUCCGUUGCAGAAAGUGCUAAGGACGACGGUGAAAAAUCUAAGGAAGAAUCUAGGAGAGAAUCGGUGGCCGAAAAAUCUCCUUUGCCCUCCAAGGAAGUUUCCAGACCAGCUUCCGUUGCAGAAAGUGCUAAGGACGAAGGUGAGAAAUCUAAGGAAGAUUCUAGGAGAGAAUCGGUGGCCGAAAAAUCUCCUUUGCCCUCCAAGGAAGCUUCCAGACCAGCUUCCGUUGCAGAAAGUGUUAAGGACGAAGAUGAGAAGUCUAAGGAAGAAUCUAGGCGAGAGUCGGUUUCCGAAAAAUCUCCUUUGGCCUCUACGGAAGCUUCCAGACCACCAACCUUUGCAGAAAGUGUAAAGGAUGAAACUGAGAAGUCCAAGGAAGAAUCUAGGCGAGAGUCGGUGGCCGAAAAAUGUUCUUUGCCCUCCAUGGAAGCUUCCAGACCAGCUUCCGUUGCAGAAAGUGUUAAGGACGAAUCUGAGAAGUGUAAGCUAGAAUCUAGACGAGCGUCGAUGGCCGAAAGCGGUAAGGCGGAGAGUAUCAAGGGUGAUCACUCUUCUUUGGCGUCGAAGGAAGCGUCAAGACCCGAUUCUGUUGUGGAAAGCGUUAAGGACGAAGCUGAGAAGCCAGGAGGGGCAGCGAAUGACAAGUCACAGGAUGCAUCCCUCCCAGAGUCUGUGGCAGUAAGUGCCAAGGACGAGAAAUCACCGCUUCUUUCGCGUCCUGAAUCAGUGGCUGACAAGUCGCCAGCUGCCUCGAAGGAAGCAUCUCGCUCUGCAUCGGUUGCCGAAACCGCCUCAUCACCCAUUGAAGAAGGUCCACGAUCCAUUGCUGACCUCAGUCUGACCCUUAACCUUGCAGGUGAAGCUAAGGGCAAGCUUCCAACUCUUUCGAGUCCCAUUGAUGUGGCAGAAGGAGACUUUUUAGAAGUAAAAGCGGAAUCCUCCCCGCGGCCAGCUGCACUUUCGAAGCCAGCGGAGUUUUCGCAGUCCGAUACUGCGCAUACAGCCUCCACACCCGUGGACGAGGCUUCUCCCGUUCUGGAGGCAAUCGAAGUAGUUGAACAGCAUACCACCUCUGGAGUCGGAGUCACGAGGGUAACAGCAGAAACGGACCUACUUGACCUGACUGAAACCAAAUCCGAGACUGUAACCAAGCAAUCGGAGUCAACGUUAUUUGAAACCCUUACCUCGAAGGUUGAAAGUAAGAUGGAAGUACUGGAGAGCACGGUGAAACAAGUUGAAGAGGUAGUCCAGACCUCAGUAAAGCAAGCAGAAACCACUGUGACCGAUUCCAUGGAGCAACUGACCAAGAAGAGCAGUGAGCAGUUGACAGAGAUCAAUUCAGUGCUAGACACCAACGUCAGCAACGUAACCAACUUAUUUAGCACUGCAGUGGAAACCGUUGAAAAGAAAGUACAGGACGUGACAGAAAAAGUAAUUGAGAAGGCAACCGAACACGUUUCCGAGCACGUCACCACUACUGCUGAGAGCUCAACGGAAACUAGCCAGGAGAAGAGCAGCCUGGAUCUGGGCACAUUCUCGGAGCUGCGCGAAACGCAUAUUACCACCGUGGGGUCACCGGAGUUCACGGUCACGAUCUGCGAGCGCGAUGAGCCCGUGCUGCACGACAUCAAGGAGGAGGACGAGGAGCAUCGCUUCUCGCCUCCGAGCGAUGGGGACAAGGCAGUAAUUAUUCCACCACAGCCGAUGCGGCCGCUGUCACCGCGCGAGGAAGAAGUAGCGAAAAUCGUUGCCGAUGUGGCCAAGGUACUUAAGUCUGACAAGGACAUUACAGACAUCAUACCCGACUUUGAUGAACGCCAACUGGAGGAGAAACUGAAGUCAACUGCCGACACAGAGGAGGAGUCCGACAAAAGUACCCGGGACGAGAAAUCCCUGGAAAUAUGCGUCAAAGUAGAAAUCGAGUCUGAGAAGUCAUCGCCCGAUCAGAAGUCUGGCCCCAUUUCCAUCGAGGAGAAGGACAAAGUCGAGCAAUCAGAAAAAGCACAGUUGAGGCAGGGAAUAUUGGCUAUCAGUCGGCCGGAGUCAGUUGCCAGCCAGCCGGAGUCGCCCUCCCCUUCCCAGUCAGCAGUCAGCCAUGAACAUAAAGAAAUGGAAAUUCAGGCUAAGAAACAGUCAUCCCCUGUUCCCAGCAAGGAUGAGUAUGAACGCGAGUCCGUGCUAUCCCAGAGCCAUAAAGCUGAGAUGUAUUCUCGCCCAGAGUCCGUUGCCAGCCAGGUCAGCGAAAAGGACAUGAAGACAUCGCGCCCAGCAUCUAGCACCAGCCAAUUUAGCACCAAGGACGGCGAUGAGGAGACGACUGAGUCGCUAAUUCACUCGCUUCCUACCACAGAGACAGUGGAGACGAAACAGAUGGAAGAGAAAUCGAUCUUUGAGUCUGUCUCCACUUCAGUCACUAAGUCCACAGUCCUCUCUAGUCAGUCAACUGUUCAACUUCGCGAAGAGUCCACCAGCGAAUCGUUGAGUAGCAGCCUUAAGGUGGAGGACAGCUCCCGCCGCGAGUCGCUCUCCAGCUUGUUGGCCGAGAAAGGAGGAAUCACUACCAACACUAGUUUGAAGGAGGACACUAGCGCUUCUGCAUCUCAGCUGGAUGAGCUGCUUGUGCAGUCCGAGGAGUGCUCAUCAGAGUCAAUCGUCAGCGAGAUUCAAACCAGCAUUGCUCAGAAGUCAACUAAGGAAACCAAGGAUGCUAGGGAAACCAAAGUAACCAGCCAGUUUACCACUAGCACCAGCAGCGCCACCAAAGACGAUAGCUUAAAGGAAACUGUGGCCGAGUUUCUGGCCACCGAGAAGAUUGUUUCUGCCAAGGAAGCCUUCAGCACUGAAGCCACUAAGUCGGCCGACGACUGCUUAAAGAAGGCCACCGCCAGCACCGUCUCCAGCACAACCGCCUCCCAGCGAGCGCUAUUCGUGGGCACGGACGAAUCACGGAGGGAGUCUCUGCUGAGUCAGGCAAGUGAGAGCCGCUUGACCCACAGUGAUCCUGAAGAUGAGGAUCCCGCUGACGACGUUGACGAGCGGUCCAGUGUUAAGGAGAGCCGUUCCAAGUCUAUUGCUACCAUCAUGAUGACCAGCAUCUACAAACCUUCCGAGGAUAUGGAGCCAAUUUCAAAGCUCGUAGAGGAGGAGCACGAGCACGUGGAGGAGCUGACUCAGGAGGUCACCUCUACCAGCAAGACCACAACUCUUUUGCAAUCCAGCGAACAGAGCAGCAGCACAACCACCAGUAGCACCAGCAAGACCGGUGCCUCAAGGGUGGAGUCCAUUACACUCACACAAAUGGAUCAGCAGACUAGUCAGAGUCAGGCCGAGCCUGUCGAGCCUGCCGAUCGCAAGACACCGCCAACGGCACCAGUAAGUCCCGGUGUCAAAGCAAUGAGCUCGACAGGAUCAGCUGGCUCUGUGAUUGGGGCUGGAGCCGUAGCCGCUGGUGGAAAGUGCGAGUCGAGUGCCGCCAGCAUCGUCUCUUCAUCGGGCCCGAUGUCGCCCAAGGACAUCAGCGGCAAAUCCAGUCCCGGUGCGCUCACUUCGGAGAGCCAGUCAAUUCCCACUCCGCUAGGUCGGGAGUCGCAUACGGACACCCCAGAAUCCUCGCCAAAACCCACAUCGCCUUUCCCGCGCGUUAGCAAGGACGAGCUUAAGUCUCUGGAAAUGCAGCACCACGAGCAAGAGCAGAUGUUGGCAGGAGCAGCCGCUACAGCCGGAGCUGAGUGUGAGGGUGAAAUUCCCGAGCUGCACGAACUGCGUGGACUCGAGUGCACCACAGCCCUCAGCGGGAGCACCGACAAGAUAAUCACCACUACAAUCACCACGGUGACCAAGGUAAUUUCGGCGGAUGGCAAGGAAAUAGUAACCGAGCAAAAGACGGUGACAACCACAGACAGCUCGGAGCCCGACAGCGAAAAGGUAGUGGUGACCACAACGCGCACUACCAGCGAGAGCGAACGAGACCAGCUGCUGCCCAAAGAGGUGGCGCUGCUGCGCGGACUGUACCGCGCCAGCACCCCGGGCAGCGAGGACGACGAGGACCUGCUACUAGGAUCGCCGCGCAGUGCCACCAGCUACGAGCUGCAACACUCUAGCUCCGGUGUGAGCAAGCGCUCCGAUCUGGAUGCUGACGGCGACGAGAGCCAGGAUGACAUUCCUCCUCAGUAUGGCAGCGAGGAGCACUCAACGGCACGAUCGAUUCUUCUGCCUCGCACAGCCGACCCAAUGGCCACCUCCUUCUACGGCGCCCUGCCCGACAGUUUCGACGUUGUGAUGAAAUCCAGCACCGAACCAAUCACGAUCCAGGGCGCACCGUCCGGCGAUAGCCAAUCGUCGGAGAGUGUGGAGAGCAGUAGCCAGACCUGGGCAGGACACAAGUUCCUCGACCAGGCAGACAAGGACUUCCAGCGAGCACUUGAGGAGCACGUACAGGCGCGCGGCGCCGAGGUCAUGUCUUCCGUCACCGCCAAGUACUCGUACUCGCCCUCGAAGGCCGAGGAAAUGGAACAGAUCGUGAGCGGUACUGCGGAACGGCAGCGCUUCCCGCUCAGCGAUGUCCAGCGAGCCCGUGUGGCGGAGAGUGGCUUUGCCACAGUUGGCAGUGUCGCCUCCCAGCAGCAGCAGCAGGAGAAAGGAGAGGAAGUGGAACAAGACGUCCCUACCACAACUGCAGCAACAGCAAGCACCACAGCCACAGCGAGUUCCACUGGAGCUCUGCCCAAGGACCGCCUCGAGGAGUGGGGCAAGCCCCUAGGCCUGCCAUCACCAGCACCACUGCCUGUAGAGGGCGGUGCUGACAUUCGCACCACUCCCAAGAAGGAACGCCGCCUGGUGGCCACCAAGACGCGACUGAACAACGAGAAGAACCUGCGCAGGCGCAGCGAAUCGCCCAACAAGGCCGGCAAAAAGCCAGCGCCCGUCUACGUGGACCUCACUUACGUGCCGCACAACGGCAACUCCUACUACGCCCACGUGGACUUCUUUAAGCGUGUGCGAGCCCGCUACUACGUCUUCUCCGGUACGGAACCCAGUCGCCAAGUGUAUGAUGCGCUGCUCGAGGCCAAACAGACAUGGGAGGACAAGGAGUUGGAGGUCACCAUUAUACCUACGUACGACACUGAUGUGCUAGGUUAUUGGGUGGCUGAAAACGAGGAGCUGCUAGCCAAGCACCGCAUCGACCUCUCGCCCUCCGCGUCUCGUUGCACCAUCAACCUGCAGGACCACGAGACCUCGUGCUCGGCCUACCGCCUGGAGUUCUAGGCCACGGGCUUGUUUAUUGCAUUCGACGAUGACUAAGCCAACCCACAACGCACCCAGCCAUAGACGCAGACGAGCCGAGCACUGCCAGAGAAUUAAGUCCAUGUACGGACUAAAAAGUGCAUGGACUCGAGCUCUGACACGACAAGAACCAGGACUAGGACUAGGACCAGCACAACGACGACCACAGCAAGAGGAGAAGGAUUGGGAUGGAGAUCCGAAUGGGAAUGACAGUUCAGACAAUUCAAUUGGCCAAGUUUCGUGAGCAGGAGCCGCAGGAAACGGAAAUGAGCCGCACGUUGGCUGAUAUGGCGGAGUUUGGGUCACGCGAAUGACUCCAUUUUGUUUACCAAUGCCGCCUAUUGAGCUUUCGACGACUUGUUUCGGCCGACCAAAAGCUACGUAAUUAAUUGAUAUUAAGUUUUAAAAAUUAAUUACCAAAAGAUACAUUGCAACCGAUCCUCAGUGGUUUAGUCGAGGAGAAGCCAUUUAUGUCGCUUUCAUUGCUUAACGUCAAGCUACCUUGCCUAGUAAUCCAAAGAUCAAAAUAGUUUUCAAAACCGCAUAGCUAAAAUAUACAAAGGAGAAACGAAAAGAGAAAAGAAGGCGAGAAAAUACUAAGAAAAGACACACUCUAUACAUAUAUAGAGUACUUAAUAUUCAUGUUUAAUAUAUGUAUUAGUCGAAACUUUUACGAACCCCCUCGUGUGGUCUCCCCAUACCAAAGGUAUUCGAAUUUUAAAGCGAGCAUUAGCUAAUUGAACGUGUAUAACCCGUAAAGUCAGAGCUCUUUAGCCGUAGGAUAAUAAGCGAUCAUAAUACAGAACGAAGAUCGGAGACGGAUUCACUACCCGCCCUUCGGACUUAACUGAAUCAAACGUUAGGGCUAACAAGUGAUUGCAACAAAGAUUCUUUUUUCGAUUUACCCCUUACCGAAGCAAAUACAGUAUCCGAGAGUCGGGAUUCAGGAUUCGAUAACCUCAAUAUUUAAGUAAUUCCAGAUCCAAUCGUUUUCGUAGUCCGUUCUCACCGUUUAGUUUCGUAUGUUUUUCUUUGCAUUUCGUUUCGUUGUUUCAGCAGGCAGCCGCAGAAAGACUUAUAAUCCAACUUGCUAUAGCGACCGAUAUACGUACACAUCCACUCCCACAUAGGAGACUUAAGGAAGAUGAGAAGCGAACUGACACUGGGAUUUGGGGAUUGGGAACUGGAGUGGCGAGGUGAUGCAGUUAGGAAACGAAGGGUCCUAAAGCAUCCUAACGCCAUUGCCGGAGGAUCAGGGAAGCAAGAAGGUGAUCAAAGUAUUGGAUGAAGACGAUGACGAGGACGGUAGAGUCAAUGCUGAUGUUACUAUUUAAGGAUCUGAGUGAUCUAAAUGGGCUUAGGAAUAGGACUAGAACUGGGCUUGUGAUGGGGCGGGAGUCUUGGGUUGGGUGGGUUGGGAUCCGGGUUGGGGUUGGGGUCGAAUAGAAUGGAAUGGGAUUUAAUGGAUGGAUGAGGGGACAGUGAAACAGCUAUUGUGAGAUUAAAACGAGAAUGAGCAGAGUCAUAACUAUAUACUCGUACGAUACGAUAAAUAUGAAGUACACAAAGUGAAUGAAGGUUAUUUUUCUAUAUUUUUUUUACUUUUCAUAGUCAUAGAAUAACAAAUUUGCAACAAACAAACAAGGAAGAUAAAUAUGCAGCAAGACGCGAACCAGGCACACAGGCAAUUUUAAUCAAUGUAACCAGUAACCAGUUACCAGUAUCGAAGAAACAAACGGAACAAGCAAUUCGAGGCCACAGCAAAACAGUCCAAAAGAGCCAGUUACAAUUAUAAAUUAAAGACUCGAGUGGUCGGAUGCCCCACUCGAGACAGACUUUUUAGGCUACGCGUAUAUUUUUUAGUUGCUUUUUAUAUACAACAGCAACAGAUCUGGGAGGAGCUGCGGCCGAUCAACUUUCAGUAUGCAACAUGCCACAUGCAACAGGCAGACCGCAGCAGACAACAGUCAACUGGCAACCGUCCAGUCUACACCGUUUGAUAGCAACCAGCGAAAUUUAAGCAAAAUUAUACACACGUCGGGCUAAGAGGGGCGGUGCGGGUCGGUGCGGGCGUACGACUAGGGCGGAUCACGAUCCCCAUUAGCGCUCCCGUCCGACCAGCACUCGACUUUCGAUUAUUGGGUAGCAUUGCAGUCUCCGCUCCGAGGAUUUUAAAUUUAUAACCGAGAAAAACGAAACACGAAGUUUAUUAAACAUUAAUUACUUUCCAAAUUCGUGCGCUUAGCGAGCAAAACCAAAACCAAAAACAAACCGAAGGAGGUUAAGAUAAAGAAUACUCACACAUGAACUAUAUACACUAUAUAUGAAUAUAUAUAUACACAUAUAUAUAUAUGUACUUGAGCGUAUUGAUGUUGCUUAACAAGAAAAACCAAAAAAAAAAAAAAAAAAAAACUCUUCUCCCAGCCAGAAGACAUUUUUUGCCUUUCACGAAACGAAUUUCCCCUAAGAUACGAAAAUAUGAAAACUUGUUACCUUUGCCCCCGUUUGUUUGCGACAUGAGUUUCGUUGAAAUCAGGUCAGAUCAGAUCAGAUCGACUAUACAUACACUAUACAGUACACACUACACACUACAAACCACACACCACACACUGCACACUAACAUAUAUUGUACCCAACACAUGAAGCCACACGCACACGUAUCCAUUGCCUUAUAUCCAGAGAACAGAUAUCUGCAUCAUACCUUAUAUUAGUCUAAGAAUCAAGUACGAUAUGUAUGACCUAUGAGAGUUUGUUUGUUGAAUUUGCUUUUACUUUUUAGCAGCUUCGAUUUAAAUCAAAUAUACAUACUAAAUGCACACACCCCCGCACACACACACUGCUCGCGUAGGUGGUGUGCUCGUGGUGUGGUGUGUGUGGGCCCGUGUGUGCUCUAUAUAAUCAUUAGUACAGCAAGUGCAUGCAGAAAGUAAGAUUGUUACAAACAAGAGCCCAGCCGAGGUAUCGCUUACUGGCGGAUGAAGUAGUCACAUGGCUAGGCCCGACCAGGGAAGGAGUAGGAGUCGGUACGUAGGGAUGAGCGAGCCAGCACAAAGAUCUGAAAAUGGGCAGAGGUUACCGCGAAGGAAUAUAUAUGUAUUACAUUUUAUGAAACGUCAAGCUUAUCUCAAGAACUAUUUCCAAAACAAAAUCUGAAAUUAUAAUAAACGUAUUUAUGUGAA